GGUACAAAGACUGAGCCACAUUCCACACAAACACAAGUUGGUGGCGCUCACAUUUUCUACUCACCUGCAAACGUGAUGAAUGUGGGUGUUUGUAUCAGUGGGUGUGUGUGUCACGCAUGACACACGCGGAUGUGCUGAGUCUACUUUCUUGGAAGGCAUGCGUAGAAGGCUUUAAUCCUCACUAGCAGAGACGCGGGAAGCGGAGCGCAGCAAGUAUCCAGGUUACCUCCGAGAAGAAGCGCUCCAAGUCCACACUGAGGCAGAGACACCAGUCUGCACACAGUUAACAGGGAGGGGACACUUUAAGCCAGUUCCAUCACCUUCAUUGUUUUGCUCCAUGGAGCAGGUGUUUUGGCUUUGACAAAUCUUGAAAAGAUCUGUUUCAGUCUGAUUUGAGUUCAAAGUUUAUCUUCAAGUUUUCUUUCAAGCCACUAAGAUCUUCAGGAGAAAUGGACAACAGCCCUGGUGCAGGUGGAGGAGUCAUCCUAUAUGCAGGCUCCUCUGGAAGCGCCAGCCCCAGCCCAGGCAGCCCCUCAAGUGGGUACCAGACACAGUCACCUUCCUCCCACUCGCAGCCAUCAUCGCCAGAGGAGGUUACCUUCACAGAAAUUGGAGCACUGAAACAGAAGGCAGCAGGGUCCCCCUCUCCAACUUCUAAACUGGUGUUCCAGUUCCCGGAGGUCUAUAGUAGCCCUCCUCCUGCAGUAGCGACUCCCCAGCAAACCUAUGCACAUCCAAUUGCUGGAAAAAGACCAUGUGGCUUCCCAGGAACUUUCACAAAAAAUGGCGGGAUGGUGCUGCUCUGUAAGGUUUGUGGGGACAUUGCAUCUGGUUUCCACUAUGGAGUUCAUGCAUGUGAAGGAUGCAAGGGAUUUUUCCGCCGCAGCAUCCAGCAAAACAUCAACUACAAGAUGUGUGUGAAGAACGAGAGCUGUCUCAUCAUGCGCAUGAACCGCAACCGGUGCCAGCACUGUCGAUUCAAGAAGUGCCUGUCUGUUGGCAUGUCGAGAGAUGCUGUGCGUUUUGGCCGCAUACCUAAAAGAGAGAAGCAGCGGCUUCUGGAUGAGAUGCAGAGCUACAUGAACAGCUUAAAUGAGUCAGCUGCUAUGGACAUGGACUCAUCCUCUGUGAAAGAUACACCCCGCAGCGACGAAGAUGGCAGCUCAAAAGAGGCCAUCGGGGCCAUCUCCAGAGCCUACCAUGACAUCUUCAGUGGGAGUAGCCAGGAGAGGACAGCCAAGAGGGCUAAAAUCACCACCAGCAAUAACAACAACAGCAGCACUUCUCAAAAUGGCACUUUCUCGCAGAUUGCAGCAACACCACAUUUUGGACAGAGUUACCAGUCUUGCCCAGUUGAUGACAACCAGGUUAUGUUCCAUAACAUGGACAACAAUCGCUACACUUACUUAGUGUCAGCAAAUCAGAAUCAUCAGUCAAAUAGUGCAACCCCUCAAAGAGGCCCUGCCAAUUAUUUUUGCAAAGCAGGAAAUGCCACAAGUCAGACUUCCUGCCCUUGGAAGUUAGCUCCGGGAGCAAAAGUGCUGGCCUGUCCUCUUAAUGCAUGCCCUGUAUCUGGGGAAGAGCGCACGAGUCAGGAGAUUUGGGAGUCCUUUUCUCAGUGUUUCACCCCUGCCGUCAAGGAGGUGGUAGAAUUCGCCAAGGGCAUCCCAGGAUUUCAGGAGCUUAGCCAGCAGGACCAGGUCAUGCUGCUUAAAUCGGGCACCUUCCAGGUUCUGAUGGUGAGGUUCUGCACCUUGUUCAAUGCUGCCGAGCAUACAGUGACCUUCCUGAAUGGCCAAACAUACCCCCUGUCCACCCUGCAGGCUUUGGGCAUGGGCUCCCUACUAGAUGCAAUGUUUGACUUCAGUGAGAAGUUGGGCUCCAUGGGGCUUGAGCCUGAUGAAAUGGCCCUGUUCAUGGCUGUGGUGCUGGUCUCUGCAGAUCGUUCUGGCAUCUCAGACGUGCACGCCGUUGAGCAGCUACAGGAGGGUCUAAUCCGUGCCCUGCGAUCACUGAUCACUCGCCGCCGUCCUGAUGACACCUGUCUAUUCCCCAAACUCCUCCUGCGACUGCCAGAUCUCCGUACUCUCAACAAUCUACACUCCGAAAAACUUUUGGCCUUUCAUAUUGACCCUUGACUAAGCCACUCAAGCAAGGAAAAACACAUCACACGCAUUUACAUACACACAUACACACGUUACCUUCCAAGCAUGGGACUUCCUUUGUAGGAGAGGAUGAAAGAAUGGUGCGAUCUACGGAGAGGUUUUUUUUUUUUUUUAAGAAAAAGAAAUAGCAAUGAUCCUUUGGAUCCACCAUUCUAUAGUGUCUACUUCUCUAUUGGGACAAAUAAACAUGUGUAAACCCCAACACCUCUUGAGAGAUACCAUUCCAGUGACAAUAUAAAUCAUUGUGUUGAUAUGACUGUGUUCAACAAAACCAUUUGUGCACUCACUCUUUAUAUCCAGCGUGUACUUAAGAGUAACAGCCAUUUCACCUCUGUUUAUAAAUACUCAUAACCUAUCAACAGACCAUCAAAUAUUGUAGAUCCAAACAUUUUUUUUAUCUUAAGGACCAUUCAUGUUGAAGAGACAUGAGUUUGUUUGUUUUUAAGAGAAAGGGAAUGUCUUUACAAAAUCGAAAAUAUCGUCAGUAUAUCACUGUUUCACCAUCUGCAUUAAUACUAAAAUGAGACCAUUCAUUUAUUGAGUCACCUGUACACAAUAAUUCUAAAACCUCACCAGCCAUUUCAAAUAAGUUCACAAAUACAUUGUAUCUGCAUCACUAUAUCACAUCUAGAUUGAUGAAAAGGCUCCAUGCAUGUUAGGUUUUGUAGUUCUUUUAUUUUUCUUUCUGUAAAUAUGAUGUCUAUCUUAAAGCGACUGAACAGAUAUGAUGGAUGGUAAAUUGGUUUCGGGUUAGGUUGCUUUGCACGGGAGAACACGUAGUAGGGAUUCUAGAUGGACCUUUGAGACACUGCCUGCUGCACUGACGUGAUGUAACCAACCAGCAUAAUCCCUGGAAUCACCAGCACUCACUCCACAUGCACUUGGCUCCUUUCCCCCAAUGUUUGUCAUACAAACUAAAGAGAUAUUACACUGUAGGGUGGGAGAUCUUAUUUGAUUGGUUGUCUCACUGAUUGCUUGAUUGAAUAUGGCUGAUUGAGCACUUGUAUAUUUUGUACAUUUUUGCUCUUUAAUAGAAAUGAUAUAAAGUUCAGAUUGUGUAUUAACAUGCCUGUGUUGUUUUUGAAACAAAUAUUUUCAUUAAAAGUAUGAUGCACAAGGAAAUGAUCU